GCAGGUUUAUUAGAGGGAGACGGUCAUAUUUCUCUGCCGUCUUUAGGUGUUACAACGUUAAAUAGAGUGUUAAAUCCUAGAAUAAUAUUUACUUCACAUAUUAAUAAUUUAGGUAUGUAUGCGUUUAUUCAGUCAGAAUUAGGUGACAUAGGACGUAUCCAAGCUUCAGGUAAUAACGCUAUUCGUUAUAUUAUAGGGGAUAUAAAAGGUAUUAUGUUUCUUAUUAAUUUAAUGCACGGUAAACUUAGAACACCUAAAAAUAUAAGGUUUAAUGGUUUAAUUAAAUUUAUGAAUGCUAAAUAUUCUUUGGAUACACAAGAAAGUUUAUUAGAUAACUCAAAUUUCCUUAAUAAUAGUUGAUUUACAGGUUUUACGGAGUCUGACGGACAUUUUGGACUUUAAUAUCUAGAAAGAAAACCUA